UAUGUGUCGUGACCGUAGACAAGGUUGGGUAGCCCAUGAGUGGGAUGAAAAAGGGGUGAUGAGUCAUCAGUCUCCGAGCGAUAGAAAAGGGUGAGAGCCGACAUAGACCACCAUUUCCCCACCACCCACAAUAAUGGAAGACGCCAAAUCUUCUCAACAACAACAACAACAACAAUACCUGAUGCUUCAGCAACAGAAUCAACAGCACCAGCAACAACAAUUUCUUCUCUUACAACAAAUCCAGCAACAACAACACAAACAACAGCAAGUAAUCUCUCGCUUCCCCUCCAACAUCGACGCACAUCUCCGCCCCUUACAACGCCCGAUCGCCAACCACCACCAGCAGCAGAACUCCAACCCUAACGCUAUGGCCUUGAAUUCGCAGAUUAGGGCUCCCAAUCGGACGCAGGUGCCGUCUCCAGCGAACCAGGUGGAGUUGCAGAUGGCGUACCAGGAUGCCUGGCGUGUUUGUCAUCCCGAUUUUAAGCGCCCCUUUACGUCCUUGGAAGACGCUUGUGAGAGGCUGCUACCAUACCAUGUAGUAGCAGACUAUGAAGCCGAAGAAGACGACAGAAUCCUUGAUUCAGACACCAUGGGCCAAGUUCUAUCCCGCACCCAACAAUGGGACCAAAGCAUCGCCAACAAAGUCUCAGAAUUCACUGCCACCUUCGAGAAACAAGUACUCGCCUUCAACAUCAUUUCUCGAAAACGAGCCAUCGGGGAGUUCCGCUCAGAAGAAAGACUAUUAAUCGAACAAGCUCUCUUUCAAGAAGAAAGACGGUCAUUAAUGGAGGCGAGGGCAGAAAUGGAAAAACAACAAAAGGCUGGCAGAGAAGCUCAAGCGGCUAAUAUGAGAAUGGCAGCUAUGGCUCAAGCCGAACAGGCUCGGGCCGAGAUGAUGGCCCGGGCCCCAAUACGGGCCAGCGCAAUGGGUGAGCAAGAACAGGAAGUGAAUGCGGAUGAAAUGAUGAAUGGAUGGAAUGAUAAUAACAAUCAGAGAGAUGAGAAAGAGCCAUCUGAGGAUUUCUUGAAUGAUGAGGAAAGGGAGAAUGGAGACACAGGUGUGCAAAGUGAUUGGCGUGAAGGUGGUGAGUUUGAUUUAAAUACAAGAUAAUAAAAGAAUAUAUAAUGUUUGUAUCUUAACUCCAAACUAUAAUUAUUCUAGUAAUCGAAUUUGGCUUUUCGUUUACUAAUUUAAUUUAGUACUGAAAUUCUUAAAUA